AUGUCAAAUAAGAAUAAUUAUAGCUUAUGGAUAGGAAAUAUUCCAUUUGAUGUAACUGAAAAAGAAUUACAUGAAAUUUUGUCAAAGGUAGGUGAUGUGAUAAAUGUUAGAAUAAAGUAUGAUAUUGAUAAAAAUGUAAGUAAAGGGUUUGCUUUUUGUGAAUAUAAAGAUCUUGAAACGUGUAUGCUAGCUUUAAAAUAUAUUAAUGGUUAUGAGAUAAAAGGAAGAAAACUUAAGUUAUAUUGGGCAAACGAAGAAUUUAAAGAAAAAAUAAAUAACAAUGCAAAAAAUAGAAGCGAUAAAAGAAUAACAAAAAAUUCUCACAAAUUAGAUAUAAUAGAUGUGAACAAUAAAAAAAAUAUUUUAAGUUCCUAUAUAAAAAAUGAUUUGAUCGAAAAAGACUUAAGUGCAAAUGAAAUAAGGGAAAAUAAUAUAAGAAUAAAUAUUUCUAACAUUAUUCAUACUUUAACCACUUCGCAAAUUAUAUAUAUUUUAUCUUAUUUUCAAAAAUAUUCUAUUGAAAACUUUCACAAUUUAAAAAUUUAUUUUCAAAAAAAUGGUAAUGUUGCUUAUGCUCUUCUUCAUUGUUUGUUCAUAUUGAAUAUAAUAAAUGAUUAUAGUAUUACAAAUAACUUAAAUAUUUGUAUUAAUAACGAGACAAUUUUAAAUAAAAAUGAAAGAAUUUUACAAAUGAAUAAUAGUAAUAUUAAAAUAGAAUUGAAUACAAAUGAUUUGAAAAAUAUUAACAAAAUGCAAAAUAAAAAUAAAGAAGAAAAUACAGUUUUUAAAAAUAACAAAAUUAAUACUAAAAAAGAUGAUAAUAUAUUUAAAAAUAACAAAAUUCAUUUAAAAAAAGAAGAAAAUGAUAGUUUAAUGAAAAAUAACAUUUCUUCCUUUAAUAAAAAAAAUUAUACUCAUAAUUUAUCUAAUUCUUCUUCUAAAAUGAAAAUAAGUAAUAGUUCUAGUUUAUAUGCGAAAAAAAAUGAUUCGAGCAACAAGUAUUCUAGUAAAAAUGAUUUUUUAAAUUAUACUUAUAAAAAUCGUAUUAUGAAUGAAUCAGAAUCUCCUAAUAUUUCUAGUGAAAGCCAUAAUAUUUUAUAUAUGAAUAGUAACAUAAAUUCUAAAACACAAAAUAAAAAAAAUUUCUAUACUAACAAUUCUUUAAAUGUUCAUAAACAGAACAAUGAAGUUAUUGAUAAUAAGUACUUUGAUAUUAACUACAUGAUGAAUUCUAACAAUUCUUUAAAUGAAAUCGUAGAUUUUGGGAAAGGUUAUGAACCAGAUUCUUCAAAUAUAGAAAGUAUAAACAAUAAAGCACAGCAUUAUAAUAACAAUUUAGUUGAUAAUAAUGAACAAAGAAAUUUAUAUCCUUGUUCAUUUAAUGAUAUGACUAGAAAUAAUAACUUAAAGGGAAGUGAAAUUGUGGAUAAUUGUCAUAAUAUAAAUGAAAUGCAAAGUUUUAAUAAUACAAAUGAAGAAAAUUAUAAUUUAAGUGAUAUAAAAAAUAUUAAUAAAUUAAAUGAAGCAAAUAGUAAAUUGAAUAAUUCAAAUAAUUUUAGUGAUUCUAAUGAAAUGAAUAAUUUAAAUAUUAAUAAAGAGACAAAUAAUAAAAUCAGUAAUAUGAAUAAUUUUAAUGAUAUGGAUAAUAUCAAUAUUACAACUCAUUUUAAUGAAAUGAAUGUUACAAAUGAUCAUCAUUUAAUUAAUUAUAGUAUGGUAAAUAAUAAUAAUACCUAUGAUAAAAAAAUGAAGAAGAAUUUUUAUAUGAUGAAAAUGUCAAAUUUGCCUGUGAACAAUGACGGUAAUAAUAAUUUAAUGAAAAAUAUAAAUGAAAAUGUAAUUAAUAAUAUAGUUUGUAAAGAUAUGAAUCAAAUUCAAUUAAAGCGUUCUUAUAAUAAUAAUCAUAUAGGUAACAAUGUUGAUAAUACAUUUAUUAAUGAAAAUAAUACAAAUCUUUCCAAUGGUAAUAAUAAUGAAAUAUAUUUAAAUGAAAUUUAUUCUAAUAUUGAAUUACCUGAUGAUGCCUUAGUAAAUGAAGUUAUAAAAAAUACUGAUAUUUUAAAUAAUAUUUUAAAAUCAAAAAUUGAAGAUAUGAAGAAUUGGAAUAAUGAACAAAAAAUACAAGUGUUAUCUAUUCAAAAAGCCUUAUUAUUAAAGGGCUAUAGGUUAAAAUAA